AUGGCGAGCCCCGCUGAUUGUUUACCGUGGCUCCCGGGCGGGUUCAUGGUGACGGUCAGGGCUCUGCUCUUCUGGGCGCUGGUGUAUAGCUACUGCGCGAUCUGCGCCUGCAUAGAGCUGCUGAAACUUUUGUGGAGCAUAGGAAGGAGUCCAGGCAAGACCUUCCAGCGGAUCAUCCGGGAGAAUCCUCCAGCCUGCCUCAGUGAUCCCUCCUUGGGCACCCACUGCUACGUGAGAAUUAAGGAUUCAGGGUUAAGAUUCCACUAUGUAGCUGCUGGAGAACGGGGUAAACCACUCAUGCUGCUGCUUCAUGGCUUUCCAGAGUUCUGGUAUUCCUGGCGCCAUCAAUUGCGAGAAUUUAAAAGUGAAUAUCGAGUUGUGGCACUGGAUUUGAGAGGUUAUGGAGAAACAGAUGCUCCUUCUCACCAGGAGAAUUACAAGUUAGAUUGCCUAAUUACAGAUAUAAAGGAUAUUUUGGAAUCUCUAGGGUACAAUAAGUGUAUGCUGAUUGGCCAUGACUGGGGUGGAAUGAUUGCUUGGUUAGUUGCUAUUUGUUAUCCGGAAAUGGUGACCAAGCUUAUUGUGGUUAAUUUCCCUCAUCCCUCUGUAUUUACAGAAUACAUUCUACGACAUCCUUCACAAUUGAUUAAAUCUGGUUACUACUUCUUUUUCCAAAUGCCUUGGUUUCCUGAAUUCAUGUUUACAGUAAAUGAUUUCAAGGUACUGAAAAACUUAUUUACCAGUCGGACUACUGGAAUUGGAAGGAAAGGCUGUCGAUUAACAGCAGAGGACAUUGAAGCUUACCUUUACAUCUUUUCUCAACCUGGAGCACUAACUGGACCCAUUAACCACUACAGAAAUAUUUUCAGUUGCCUACCUCUGCAGCACCAUGAGGUUACCAUGCCUACCUUGUUGUUAUGGGGAGAAAGAGAUGCAUUUAUGGAAGUUGAGAUGGCAGAAACUACUCGGAUUUAUGUUAAAAAUCAUUUCAGAUUAACUAUUUUGUCUGAAGCCAGUCACUGGCUCCAGCAGGAUCAACCUGACAUAGUUAACAAGUUGAUAUGGACCUUUCUAAAAGAAGAGACAAUAAGAAAAAGAGAGUGA